AUGGCAGAGCCUAUUGCUUCGUUUGCCUCAGUAGCUACCACUGCGGCCCUGUUCUUUAGUGGGGCGUUGAUUAUGCGUGGUGCUGGCUGCACUAUCAAUGAUCUCUGGGAUCGAAAUCUUGAUCCGCAUGUCAGGAGGACUCGGCUGCGGCCAAUUGCCCGUGGUGCAAUUACCCCAUUCAAGGGAAUUGUAUUCACUGGAUUCCAGCUACUUGCAGGGCUAGCCGUUCUGGUUCAAUUCCCCUUACCAUGUCUCGCCUAUGGCAUACCUAGUCUGGCCCUUGUCACGACAUAUCCAUUGGCAAAACGAGUCACCUAUUAUCCCCAAGCUGUCCUUGGCUUGGCCUUUUCGUGGGGAGCAAUCAUGGGCUUCCCUGCACUUGGCAUUGAUCUGCUUUCAAACUCAGCCGCGCUCACAGCCGCAGCGUGUCUCUAUGCUUCGAAUAUUUCGUGGGUUGUGCUGUACGACAUGAUUUAUGCGCACAUGGAUAUCAAAGAUGAUGCAAAUGCCGGUAUCAAAAGCAUCGCCCUGAAACAUGAACAUCAGACCAAGCAAGUCUUGACUGGACUUGCCGUUACACAAGUGGCUUUACUAGGUGCAGCCGGAAUGGCAGCCGGAGCAGGUCCCAUCUUCUUCCUUGGAAGCUGUGGCGGAGCUCUCGUUACUCUGGGAAUCAUGAUCAAGCGGGUGAACCUCAAGAGCGUCAAGAACUGUUGGUGGUGGUUUGUCAACGGCUGCUGGAUAACAGGUGGGGUUGUCAGCAUCGGCAUGGCAGCUGACUAUAUCUCGAGGUCUCUUAAAGAGGCUGAAUCGCAAUCUACGCCGGAUGGAAGAGAAUUAGACGCCUAA